GGUUCGCUAAGUGGGUGUUGAUGACCUACUUCACCCCAAUAUCGGUGUCUUAAUUAACGAUCAUCCGAUCGACAAACCCACGGUGGCUCGUUCGGUUCGGUUGCGGUUGUGUAGCGCAUGCGCUCUACGGUUAGCUUCUUCUCGAUUAUUUUGUUAAGGAGAUUUAGCUCACGGGUGCUAGCGUCAUGCUAACAUCACGAGGAGACCUCUGAUGUCAGCAAAGAUCUUUUAAUAACAUUUAUUAUUACGCUACGUCCUGUCACCACGGUCGCCAACCAGGGACUCCGAUCCCGACAAAUGGACUAAUGUCUCACUGAGGACACGCUGGCUGUCCAAACCGACGGCCCAAACAGUUGUGACAGUGGACGCCGUGCACGGACGGACCCGCAGCGGGUGAGCACACAGGCGCAGAGGGGGGGAUCAUGUCGGACCCGGACACCCUCAUCGUGACCUUUCAGACCCAGCUCUCCGACGUGAUGGAAGCCGUGGUGAAGACGGCGAUGUUCGAGGUUACCCGGCUGGUGGAGGACGUGUUCAUGAUGGAGGUGAGGCGCAGCAAACAGGAGGCGGACUCUCUGAGGCUGCAGCUGCAGUGGACCGAGAGCAAACCCGCCGGCGGGGAUGCAGAAAAGAGCGAAAGGUCUGCUGAGGCCGCGGGUCCGAGUCCCGACAGCGUAGCAGAGACGCGGCAGGAUGACACGCCGGGCGAUGCGGUUGAACGCUGGUUGACAAGUUGCAGACAAGCAGCCACCCAGAGCCCCGGAAGAGGGUUAAAGUUCACAGAAGAGAAGGAAAUCGUGCCAGUGAUGGAAAUGAAAGAGGAGGAAGUAAAGAAACCGUCUUGUUCCUCUCUGCAUUUGAGAGAGUGGGGCAGUUCUCCUGAUUGUGAAGCUGGACCAGAGAGCGCGGGCGACAUGAUCGAGGCACAGCAAACACCAGCGCAAGGAAGAAGUGAAGAGUUACUGAGGAAUGUCAUCAAGAGAGACCCGCAGAUGUCCACCGCGUGCGCUUUUCCAGAGAACCAGGUCGAAACACACCUGGCUGCGGACCAGACCGCUGUCUUAGCCUUUGAACUCAGUUCAAAGUGGGCGGACCUGCCGGCCAGAGCAGCUGCACUCCUGCAGAGUCCCAGGCUUGGCACAGAAGCUCAGUUUGAUCCAGCCCGAGCUAAAGGUGCUGGGAAUUAUCUGGAACACGAGCGCUCAGGCCCGACCAGAGCAGAUCUUCAGUUUACCUCAGAAGGAGAUCAGGUUUCCUCCUCUGAAUCUCCUAAAGCUAGACUGCAGCCCAGCAACUCGCUGGGCGGGAUUGUUGAAGAAGGAGUGAUCGACUCUGAUGGGUUUAAGGAAAGCGUGUGUGCAGAAAAGAAACUCUUAAAAGCUGAGGUACAAUCGUUCAGCUGUUCAUCACAGGAGCAACGGGUGAACUCAGAAGCACACAAACCAAACCACGUUCACCACAGAUCCUCGACGCAGGAGGGGCUGAAGCUGCAUUCUCACAGGGGCUCUGGACUCAGACUUCAGGCAGCCAUACAACACCUCCACCGCCCGCUGAAGAAGCCUCCACACAGGCUGUCCAGCAUUACAACAGCGGCAUUCUCCAAUGCUCGCUCUCAGGUUAUACACCUAAAUAACCCUAACAGAGUUUCCUCCACAUCCAAAGGCGCUUCGUCGACACUGUCAGCGCAGAGCGCUCACCUGGGUGACAAACAGACCCUAGCUCCGAACCGAGCCAAUGCCUCGUGGGUUGGCGUCAAAUCACGCAAUCCGCCUUCAAACUGCCACGAGCCCGCCCCCGCCUCCCUGCCUGACUCUCAGCUCUAUAGGCCCUUCCUGCACUGCGAGGAGUGCGACAAGAGCUUUCCCCACCCCAGCAACCUGAAAGCACACAUGCAGAUUCACACCGGCGAGCGGCCCUUCUGCUGUCAACUCUGUGGCCGCAGUUUCACCAAGCUGAGCAACCUCAAAGCUCACCGGCGCGUCCACACGGGCGAGAGACCUUACUGCUGCUUGGCGUGCGGCAAGCGCUUCACCCAGAAGUGUAACCUGAAACGCCACCAGAGGAUCCAUCUGGACGUUUGACCGCGGAGAAAGAGAGGCCGCGUGUAAUGUGUGUGUGUGUGUGUGUGUGUGUGUUAUAUAGGUUAAGACGUUUCAGGGCUCAUGUUGCAGCGCAGAGCGCAGUUUAUAUGCUGCAUCACUAGAUCCGAACAGGUCGGCGCGUUCCUCCGAGGCUCAUCUGCUAACUCCUAAAGGCGAGCAGGAAUUACUGUAGGAUGAGAAGCGGUGUGUGCAUCCUGCUGUUAGAUGGGCCAGCUGACAGGUACACAGGAAUGUGAAUGUUUAGUUAUUUCUGUCAACUUAUUUAUUAUUUAGGACUUAGACUUAGACAACUUUAUUUGUCAUUUUGUAUGCACAGAGUGCGUACAGAACC